AUGGCCGCCCCGUGUCUGUGAAACGUGCAAGUAGUACAGUUACGUUGUACAUAACAUGUUUUAAAUAUUCCGAACGACAUGUAGACUAUAUUAUAUUUUAGCCUCUACCUAUAAUUGCUGAGCUGCUUUCUGCUUUCAAAUUCUUCAAAACGUAGUUUUUCAAAAUCGUGUGUCUAUCAAGAAAGCUUUGUUAUUUUUGUCACAGGCGCACGCCUGUAGAACAUUUUGUCCAACAUGUCAUCCAGCCAGACGUUAUCUGUACAGAAUCUGCCUGCCACUGCCUCCAACGACCGAUUGGAAGAGAUAUUCUCCGAGAUUGGACCCAUGAAACAUUGUGUUGUAGUUAAUGACAAAGCUUCAAAAGAAGUGCCAGUCCCCAAGAAGACAACUAAAGGUGACCAAGCUAAAAGUGAACAAGCUUUCAAAAAGAACAAGAAGAAGGCUAGACUUAUUAUCAGAAAUCUCAGUUUCAAGUGUUCUGAAGAUGAUCUGAAGCAGGUUUUUGCAAAGUAUGGAACAGUUCUGGAAGCCAGCAUCCCUCUUAAACCAAAUGGGAAGAUGCGUGGGUUUGCCUUCGUCCAGUUCAAGAACAUGGUGGAGGCCAGCAAGGCUCUGAGUGGCACUAACCUGAAGGAGAUUAAAGGGAGGCAAGUGGUUGUUGACUGGGCCAUUGCCAAAGACAAGUUUGUUGGGAAACUGCCUAAAUCUGCAGAAGUAAAAGCAGAGACCACAAAACCUGAGGAAGGAAAAUCUGCUGUUGCUGAGGAAGGUGAUGAUGGUGAAGGGAACAGUGAUGAGGAUUCUGGAUCUGAAGAGGAAGAUGACGAGCCGAAUAAAAAAGUCACGCAAACGUGCAAUUAGGAAAUGAUCGCCUACUGGCAGAGCAGGGGCGUCACGGUGGAGAAGCGGAGGUGGAAGGAGUCCAUCCACGCAGCGCACCUGCGCGCCCAUCCGCAGGAGUACCCCUCCAUCCUGGACAGCUUCCUGCAGAGCCUCAACAUGGUGCCACUCAAGGCAAAAAUGUGAGGCAAACCUGCCAAGAGAGAGAGACAGAGAGAGAGAGAGAGAGAGAGAAUAAAGAAUCUCACUGUCCCAUAAACACAUCACCAGUGGCCUUCAAAGGAAUGUUUGGAGUCAAAGGAGUGUUUACCAAUGGUAAUGUUUACCAUUUAGGAUUUUUUUACAGGAACUUGAUUUGUACAGCACAUCAGCACAUCACAUAUGGGUCAUUCCGUGUCAUAUCAGAUAAGGUUGUUGCUGCACAGUCUUGGAUUUUGUAUUCAUAACAUAUUUAUUAUAAAUGGGUACCAAAACCAAUGUUUCUGUUGAAAUCCUAUGUCUUCAUAUUAUUUUCAUCCCUUGAAUUUACUUCAGUUUUACAACCUGAAAAAUACAUUAUCUGGGAAGCAAUGUUUAGGAAUUAAUAUAAUGAAAAGUAUUACUCAUAGUUCAUUGUGGAGUGGAAGACAAACAUGUUUUCAGUCUGUAUGACUGAACCGUUACAAGUCUGUGGUUUGCUCAUUGAUUUUCUACAAGGCCCUAGAUUUGGAAAAAAUUGCAAAGAGUGACAUUAAGGGUUCUUUUGUAUGCAUUGGGUGUCGAUCAUUAUUUUUUCUUUACAUA